AUGGAGAAAUUAAGACAUUUUAGAGAGAGUAAUAUAGAUUCAGAAUUUAAUGGUUACAAUGAAUGUGAAAAAAUUGUCCUGAAUAAUAUGAAAGAGAAUUUCAGUGAUUUAUGUCUCAGCAUUUAAUAAUUCUUAGACACUGAUAAAUAGAGAUACAUAUCUCAAUUUUCUAUGGCCAAAGUAUUAUUUAUUUGAUUUACUUUAGUUAUGCUUCAGACUUACUCAAAUUAUGAAUGAAGAAUUCCUAUUUAAUCAUUUCUAAAAUAUCGUUCUGCCUUCAAUAAUCAACUACAUAUAUAAUAAUUAGAUGUAUUCUAAAGAAUUAGAACCAAAAGCCUAAUAAUUUAUUCAAUCGUCUGUUAUUUUAUGUAAAGAAUUGCUAAGUUUUUGGGCUCAUGUCUAUCCUCAAACACCAGAUUUCUCGACUUCUAAAUUUUUGAGUGAGUACUAAAUAUUCAAAAAAUAACAAAAAGAAAAUAAGAUUGAUAAAACAAAAAAGAGUCAAUAUAUUUACAUAAAAGAACAAUUUAAGAUUCAUUUGGUCUAUAAGGCUAUUAAGGAUAAAUGGAAGAGAUAAAAUUUAGUCUCAGAAUUUAAUAUUUCUGAUGAGGAAAGAAGUCCUUAACUUUCUUCUCGUGAUAACUUAAAUCCCCCUUUGUAAGAUUAAAAUAAAGAGUAGCUUUAAUAAGAGUUGGAUGAUCUUAUAAAAUAAAUUAAUGAGAAGAAAAAAGAGUUGGAUUAGAAGAAAAAAGAGUUGGAAGAUGUAGAGAUAAACAUUCAGAAGAAAACAGAGGAAUUUUAACAUUUACCCAAUUCAAUAUCGAAUCAAUCAAAAUCAACCGAGGCUGAAUAAUUUCGUAGUUCUGGAACAUCAAACUCUUCUAUAUAUAAUAAAUAAAUUUUUGAUUCUACUUUUAACUUUGAUGAUGAAAAAUUUCCCAUAAAAAAAUAAUUUGAAGAUAUACCCUUAGUUUCCAUUGAUACAUCAUACCCACAAAAGAAGAGAAGACUAUUAGAUGGUAGAGGUGUCUUUCACGUUCAUGAAAAUUUCUUACUUGCUAGAUAAUAAAUAUUAAACGAAAAUACCAUGGACUUGGUUAUCUAUUUGAAAUGCAUUGAAAACCCUAUGAAAGAUUUAUUAUUUUAGGUUUUAUGCUAAGGCAAAUGUAAUAAUUUUAAUAUCUUAGUAUAAAAAUAAAAUACCUUAGGUGGAGAUAAGUAGAAUCUGUUGCCAGGAGAACAGAUCAAAUUUGAAAUUAGAGACAUUGAUAAAUCUUUACUUAUUGAUAACGAUAUUGAAAUUAAGUUAAAUAUUGAUUGGAAAUAAAGUUUCCCAGAAACAAUUUGUUUUUAUUUGAAACUCACAAAUAUUGUUAGUUAUAAUUAUGCUAUAGAGGCUGAUUUGGUGAAGGAAUAUCAAAAUAUCCCUAAAGUCUUAAUUUCCAAAGAGUUUAUUUUUGACUCCGAAGUAUUUCCAAACGGAUUGGAAGACAUAUAAAAAUGCAUUCAAUAUUCUAUAAAUUAUAAACAAAAGAAUUAACUAUUGUUUUCUGGAAGUUUAAAUAACAACGCUUUUAUUUGCAGAGUAAUAAUUUUCUAAAUAUUUAAGAUUACUUUAAAUUAAGAAGGGUAAGCUUAGGUGAUCAUAAAGAAACUAUAGAAUGAAGAACUGGCAAAAAGAUUAAUAAUAGCUUACAUUGAAGCAUUACAAAAAAUUGAUUGA